GGUGCGUUGGGUUGGCGCACCAAGCCAUUUGCGUGACACUGCGCCAACUCAAAAUCAUUGAGUUACCCAGACCUAACGGAAAAGUGAGACAAGGAAACAUACAAAAACAUGUAAUAUCAUAAACUUUACUCGAAAUUACACAAAAUAAAAAUAAUUCAACAUUACUAAACUGGUUCAACCCGCCCAUCUCUAGUUACAACUGAACAGCACGUCAAAAAAUGACACUUGCCGCCUUUAAAUUAACCUAACAUUUCUGGCCCUAACUUUUCAAACAAUAAUAAUUAAGUAAACCCGUUAAUAACUACGAAAACUGUGGAAUGGAAAAGGUGAAAACUUCACUGAAAAGACGAGAAAGCCUUGAUUUGUUCAAAGAUGAGGACAUUAAUCAAAAUAACGCGACCAGUACGCCGGUACGAAGCCACAAUCGUUCAGAGGAUGAGGACAGUCCAUUAUUUGCCUAUUCCACUCAAGAAAUGAGAGAAGAGGUUGAUGUUUUAUGGGAUUACAGUUCGCCAAAGUCCAGCAAGCCGAAAACCGUUAGAAAGUCCAAAAAGAAGCUUAUUCUGCACCAGUCGCCUAAAGUAGCAUGUAGGCAGCCCUCAAAUAACAGCAAUCAAAUCAAGCAAGAUCUGCUAAAGCUUCGAGAAGAACUGAAGGCUUUAAAGGCUGAAAUGGCCAAACCGGAUCAUGAAGAGAGCCUAAUUCUAUCACCGAGGGAGGAAGAAGACUACAGGGAAUCAGUUCAAGGGUUGGAGCAAAUAAUUGAAGAACAACCAGUGUGUGAGAGCGACUUUGAAGAUCCCUUUGAUGAUAACAUGGAUGAUCAGUUGAUAAUGUUCAGUCAGCAGGUGGAAAAUCAAAUUCAAAAGGGCAAUAUCGAGUCAGGGGCAAGUAACAUUAUUGUGCCAAAGCCAGGAAAAACUGUAUACUCAACAUGUGAACAGCCAAACAUAGAAAACAAACUCAAAACAAACUGUGAUAGCACUGUUGGAACAGUCGUUGAUCAUCACCCAGUAAACAAUCACAUUUCAAUAUCAAAAAGCCGAUGUGCUCGCGGGAAUGAUGACUUCAAUGAUUCCUUUGACCAAGUCCUGUCCCAGCUGAAAGACGAUGAUUUCAGCCAGAUCACUCAAGUGUUCUCGCCUCCAGAGUGCGUUUCUGAGGAAGCCAGCAAGAGUAAAUCGAUGCAGAAUAAGGUUCAGUGGCACAGAACACAAAGUUUCGAAAGCUACAGUAGCUGCCACUUCUCCAAGCAGAAAAUUGAUGAAAUCGAGAAGAAAAGACUGGAAGCAAUAGCAAGACUUGAGGCUAAAAAGAAACAACCAGCGGACAUUUCGGAUUCUCCCUUGAAAUGCUCACCGGAGGAAAUCGAGAAAAAGCGGCUUCAAGCGCUGGCAAAACUUGAGGCAAAAAGACAGAAGGAUAUCAUAGAGAAAAAGAAGCAAGACGCUCUCAAGCGCAGAGAGGAGCGUCGCAAGACAAGCGCCUCUCAAGUGAAAAGCUCUCUGAGCACCAGGCUUUAGUUUGGCGCCGAAGUAAUGUGAUUGUAAAUAGGUAUUAUAAAUUCCAUUCUAUUCCAUUCGAAAUCUCUAUUUAAGAUUAAAGAUUAUGUUUAAGGCACUUUUAGCACAAUUUUAUAGAAUUGGGCCGAAAUACCGAAAAAUCCGUUUAAUUGUUUGCUUUAUUAAAGUGUUCCGUUGUUAAGAA